AAGUUUUGAACAGAAAAAGGGGAGGCGGAGUGACAAUGAUUGUAGUUAGCUAUCAUUAGCAGUUUCUCAAGAAAGGCAACUAUAGUAACAGCUAGUUGUAUUUAUAUAUAACAACCAGACACAUCUUAUCGUACGUUUUCCUACCAACACAACGAUAAGGUCUUUCUGGAGCUGGCUCACGAAUUCCUAAUGUAAGCAAGGAAAGAUUCUGACCUCCUUGAUAUCGUGCUGGGAAGCUUCCUAAUAAGGACAGCAGAUUUUCUCACAGCUUUUCCACCCCUUGAAUUCUGAAGAUGGAGGAGGGCCAUGGUCACUGUAUGUCCUGUGUGAAUCAGAGAUGCAUGGUCAGACCUCAACCAGGCAUUUCUUGUGAUCUUAUCACCUGUCCUCUGGUGUGUGGUUCUGUAUUUCACUCCUGCAAAGUUGAUGAGCACCACCUUAUGUGCCCACUGAUGAGGGUGCCCUGCCUAAACAGUGGCUAUGGUUGCCCCGCCACCCUUGUGCGCAACCAAAUGUAUGCACACCUUCAAGUGUGUCCAGCUGGAGUGGUGUGCUGCACUAUGGAGUGGAACAGAUGGCCAGUUAGCUGCCUGGACUAUACUUCCUAUGAGAGCCUGAGCUGUGGGGUGGAGGAGGUGGAGCAGCUGGACAUGGCACUUGCUCUUCAAGACCAGCGUACACUACUCGAGUCCCUCAAGGUGAUUGCCAUGGCACCAACUGCAGAAGGAGAGCCACUUGUCCCUGUUAGUAAGGAGAAUAGGGCAACAGGUUCAGCUUUGCUUAAAACUGCCUCUGAGGCCUCCACCAUUAUUGAGUCACCUUCACAGUCAAUAUCCUCACGUCAGCCAAAACCUCCCCCACCAGGCUCGGCGAAGGAGAGAAUUGCCUGUGGAAUUAAUGGCUUGAAUGAGGAGCACUUCAGUAAACUCUACGAGGCCACAGUGGAGACUGCAAGAAGCUUAGCUGCUGCGUUGGACUUUGUCAGUAGUGCCAACUCUGUUGACAGCAGCACAGAGUGUGUGAACAGAGGAGAAGCUAUGCAGAAGAGUAAACAGAGCAACAACGGAGACCUUAAGACUAGACUGGAAGACAAAACGCCUGUAGCUGCUGAUGGUUUGACUAAAAGAGAGAUGGAGGAGCAGAGUGUUUGUUCUAGCUGUUUGAGAGAAAAUGGGGCUCUGAAAGGAAUAGAUCUAAAGAUUGUAAAAACAACAAAUGGAUCACCGUCAGGAGCAAUGGAGGCCUGCCCUGGUGAGGUACACGAUGAGAUGAAUGCUGGGGUUUCUCAGGAGCCAGUUACCCCUCUACUGGCAUCUCCAGUGCAUGUCAGCCAGGGUGUGACACAGAGGGCUGGUCAUGUGGUCCUGGAAGAUAGGGGGCUAGUUAUUUUAGAAAACCAUGGCCCUGAGCGUAAGUUCCACAACUACCAUUUUUUUAGGGGCCAGGGCCAAUAUUCAUUAUCUAAUGGACGGAUAGGUAACAUCCCAGACAGGUCACUGUAUAGAUUGCGACCCAAAAUGGAGGACAAAGCCGUAGAUACCUCGGAUCUGGAACAGGAUGAUGACCCUAUGGGUCUCGGAGAAAUUGAUCUGAUCACAGCAGCGCUGCUCUUCUGUUUAGAGGAGUCCCGAGAGUGUAGAAAGAUCUCUGACACAGUCUAUGUUGAUGGCUACCGUGUUGACUUUGGCACACAGACUUUCACUUUUCCUGCAGCAAUAUUGCUAACCAACACUAGAGUGGGUGACAUUGCCUCUGCAUCUGCCUGCGACCAUGCUGCCCCCCAAUUCUGCUACCCAAGCCCUUUCCGCACUCUCCGCCUCGGCCUUGUCCUGGAAUCUCUGGAGGUCGAGGCAGUCCCACAUAACCGCUACCUCCCUUCUAACCCCCGCUACCAGCACAUGUUCCCUUUCGUCUGUGGUCAGUCAUUGCGCCGGGACCAGUUUUCUUCCCAUUUCACAAAUGUCCAUGGUGACAUUCACGCUGGUCUCAAUGGUUGGAUGGAGCACCGCUGCCCGCUGGCAUAUUAUGGCUGCACAUUUUCUCAGCGGAGGUUUUACCCAUCUACCCAAGGGGCCAAAGUGGUUCAUGACAGGCACCUCAGGUCCUUUGGGGUUCAGCCUUGCCCAAGGGAAAAACUUUCAAGUGACUUCCAGUCUGACCAAUUUAGUGGGCUUCCCAUCGAGAUACUGUGGCACAUAGCUGGGUUCCUGGACAGUUUCAGCCUGUGUCAGCUGUCACUGGUGUCACGGACUAUGAGGGAAGUGUGUGCCAGUCUCCUCCAGACCAGGGGCAUAGUAGAGCUGCAGUGGGAGCGAAGACAACAUCCUGGUUCCCCUGGCACUGUGACAUGGCAGAUCAAAAAUAGGGUGUGGAGAUUCAGCACUGCCUUCAGCCCUGUGUUGUCGUGGGGUUUCACUAAUCUCCCCAGCAUGUCGGACCAUCUGAAGAAGUGCCACUUCAACAUAGUGGAGCACAAGACCGAGCCCAUACCCCUUCCUGCCAUGUGUUCUGCACGAGAUGGACACUCGCUGCGUCGCGUCCUGCGUCACAUUAACACCUGACCAAACAACGCUGACCUCUCGUAGCUGCACGAGAAAACAAAUAACUUCUCCUGUAUUACACUAGAUUAUGAAGAAGCCUUAAUGAAAGAACACCUUACUUGCCACAAUGAAGGUCUGUUGUUGUGGGUGGCCCCUAUGUGGAGAAAAGAAACACAUUAAGCAUUUAGCUUUGCAUGGAUUUGUGCUAAAAAUGCAUCCUUAUUCUGAAACAAUAAAAUAUAUUUUCUUGAAUACAAAUAUGCACAAUAUAUUUAUAUUAUUCUAUGUGAAAUACUGUAUAAAUGUGUUCACUAUCUUGCCUUUUAGCAGUAGCCAUGGGGAAAAAGCAGUUUGUUGGUUAUAUUGCAUUAUUUCUGUGUGUCAGAAGUUAUGCCAGCACUUUAAACAAGCUUUGCCACUUCCUCCUGUUGAUAUGUGACCCUAAAGGAUCUAGUCUUUCUGAUCACUAUAGCGGGUGUCAACCUAUGAAAGUCUGUUGUCUCGGUAUGUAUGUCAGGACACGAGUCUUAACAGAAUUGAUAUUAAUAUGAGGAUAGCCCGAUAAUGCAUGUAAUUUGCUACCAUUACCAUUUAAUAAAGUCUUUACAGCCUUUUAUG